GCGCGUCUUAGCACGGUUGUUGCCGCCGGUCGCCGAUCAGCAGUUGGCCAAGUGAAUUUCUUUCAAUUGUAACCGAAACUAUAUCGUCCAGUGGGUGAUAUAAGAAACCCGUCUGACCCGUCCACCCGUCCUACAAAAAACAAUUUCUCGCUUUUGACUAAAUUCGCCAGCAAAGCCAUCAAUAAUACGUAUACGCAACAACAAAAUGCAAAUACUGGACAACAAAUAAUUUAACGAUAAUUUACAAAACGCCCGGGGCAUAAAACAAAAGAAACAAAACAGUUUAAUAAGAAACCAAGCAGCCAAAUUGCAAAUUACAAAGCCACCACCACCAGCAUCUCGGAUAAAAUUUCGGAUUUCGGAAUUCGGAGGAGUAACGAAAAUGUCUCGGUCGACGUCAAAAACGACGUCGCUGCUUAGCGGCAGCAUCAUCGUUUUCUUCGUCACCAUCUGCGGCUGCUUUGCACAAGAUACUUCCAGCUACUACUUCCCAUCGCAAAAUCGAUUUGUGCCAUCAUCCGGAUCCUUUCCACGCGCCCAGCCGCCCUCGCUGAGCGGAUUCCGGGCCAGUUCCGGCGGAUUCUCCCCGUCGCCGGGCUCCUACCAGGAGCAGCUCCUGUUCAUCGCCAACGAGAAUGCCAAGCAAUCGCCGGCGGCGCCCAGUUCGCCAUUCGGAGCUCCAUUCGCAGGCAGUUCCCAGUUUGCGAAACCGAAUCGCCAGACGGACUAUUACGAUAUCUCGCCACGCCCCUUUGGAGUGCCCUCGGGGGCGGGACCAGCGGCAUCGGCGGGAUUGGCAGCAGGAGCAGGAGCGGCCACGUCCGCAUCGGUGACCAAUGGCUUCACACGCUCCAAGGCGAUACGGAAUGGAUCGGGGAACAGCCUCAGCGGUGGAUUCCAGCCGCAGACGCAGCGCAUCAAUGUGCCCCACCAGCAGACGCAGUUCCUGGCCCACUUCAGCGAGUCUGGGAACGAAAAGCGUCCGGUGACCAGCAGCAGUCGUCCAUUUGGCAAUGGAGGAUUCUCACCCACCCGCACACGAACUCAGGCCCCGGUAUCGGCUCUUCCGGAGAACCCAGCCACUCCGGCUGCCACGGCCUUCAGACCGCGUAAUCGUUAUCAACCCGGCAGCUCCACUGCAUCCACCACGACCACAACUACCAGCAGUGCGGAGGUGAGCAGCAGGCGGUACAACCGCUUUGGCAGCAACCGGGCCAAAGGCACCAGCACCAGCACCACCUCCACCACACAGAACACGCCCUCGGAACGUCCCAGUUUCGGCAGGAAGUCACCGAAUCCCCGGCGGCCCGUUUUCAUCAGUCGCGAGGUCAACGAACCGGUGAGUGUGGUCAGCAAGCGACCAUUCAACUACAGUGGAGCCAGGCUAAAGCUGCCAGCCAGACCCACCGCUCGCACCACCAGCACCACCGAAAGCGCUGAGGCCGAGGAGGAGGAGCCCCUGGAUGAGGAGGAGGACGAGGAGGAGCACGAGGGCAGUGACGAGCAGUACGAAGAGGAAUCCGACGAGGGAACCGAAGAGCACUCGGAGUCCUCGAGCCUGGAGAAGCUGCCACUCCAGGAGGAGGCCGUUACCCCAGUGACAGUGGCCAAGAAUCAGGCAUUCCCACAUGUUGAGCCUUCCGAACCCACCACCAGUUCCGAAACGGAUCAUGAAAGCAGCACCAGCAGCACUGAGGAGAGCCAAACUGAUGUUUCGGAGGUGACCAACGGCGAGGCUGAGGUCACCAGCGCUGAGAUUGAAGUCACCACUCUACCCCCAGUGCAUGAGGAGGAAAUCGUAGACGAACCCACCACGAUUAUUCCGCCGGAGAACCAAUCCACGGAGGAUGCUCAUGUGGAUGAAAAUACCGUAACCACCGAGCAGCCUGUGGAUAGCACCUCCAAGAAGGAAGAGAUCGAAAACGUAUCCCAGCCAGAGGAGCCCAAGUCAUCAAAGCAAGAGGAACACAGCACAUCAAAGUCUGAGAACCAAAGCCUAAGCAAGCAGGAGGAGCAAUCCGAGUCCCAGUACGACGAUGAAGGCGAAGGUGAGGACUAUGAGUACGAUGAUGAGGAGGGUACUGAAGAUUCAACCAGCGAAGUGGAGAGUCAUGACUCCAAGCCAUCCACGCCCAGUGCUGAUCAUAAGGACGAUCGCGAGAUCAUUUCGGUGGUAACCACCAAGAGCGUGGUCAACGGAUCCACAAUUAUACCAGUGCCAGUUACUCCAAGCACCAACUUUGCAACUGAGGAGGAAGUUGAGUCUUCCCAUGCCGACCUCAAAUUGGAAACUACCACAUCCAUGACCUUGGAGGAGGAGAAGGGCCCGAAUGCUACCGAAAACUAUGUGGUUGUGGCCUCCAUCCAGCCCAGUCGCAGCAUCAAUGGAGCCAGGUUCCUGCCCUUCCCGGCCAUCGAGCAGGAGGAGACGAAACAGACGCUCUCUGAACUGGAGCGCAAGGUGCAUUCCAAGCAGCAGCAGACUCCAGCUCAAAAGCAAUCGGAGGGCAGCGAGGAGCUGCAGGACAACUCCUCCAUCCAACCUCCAAUGGUUUCCUCCACGGAGAGCAUCAUUGACAAGCUGGAUCGAGUGCAGUCAGAGCUUUCCAGCGGCCUGCUAUCUGGCAAGUAUCCCAUCAUCAGCCAAAUGGACUCCUCCACACCAGCAACUAGCACCACUGUGGGGACAGGUCCCGGAAAAUUUGUGCCCCACAUCAGGAAGUACCAGCCCAGGACCACAUCAUCCGCUCCCAGAACCACCAGUAGCAAGGUGAAAGUGCAGCAUUUCGAUGACGGCGAAAUGGAUGAGCUGGCCACCCUUCUUCCUGUGGGCUUCAAGCCCAGGCCGAGCUACAAAAAUCGUAAGAUUACGACCACCACCUCCACCACAGAAGCACCGCCAGCUGAGCUAACCAAACAGAAACCAGGACGCAACUCCACCAUCAGUCGAUCGUUCAAGAGUGGUCACGUGGCCGUGCAGGAUGUGGCACAGGCUGGACUACUGCCCAAGGGCUACAAGCCACCCAAGACAACGACUACAACGAGCACUACCGAAAAGCCGGAGGAGAGCAGUCCAAAUACUUCCUCGGGACUCGAGAGUCUCUUCAGCGAAAUCCAUUUCGACGACAAGUUGGCCUCCCUGCUGCCCAAGGACUACAAAUUGAACAGUGCUCCCAAGCAGCAAGUAAACACCACCACCACUGCCACUCCGUCAACCACGCAAAGGAAUCUGCCAGUUGCCGUGCCCUUCGAUGAUCUGAGCACCUUCCAGCUGCCUCCGGGAUAUAAGGCUCCCGAGCCCAAAGACGAACCCAAGCUGCCACCAGGUGUGACUCCCAUUAAAAUCGAUUCGUUGAAGGACCUGCUACCUCCAGGAUUUAAGCUGAAUGUAACGGAGAGCGAUGCUAGUGACGAGAUUCCCGCUUCCCUGUUGCCACCUGGCUACAAAGCCAAGAAGCAGCAUCCCGCCUCAACCACCACCACCUCUACGACCACGAGUAAACCCACUGUGGUGGCUUCCAGCACCACUGAAGCAGCUGUAACGGAAGCGGCAGGAGGAAGUGGCUUCAAGGUCGUGUUCCCCAAGGGAAACCACAAAAGGUUGGGUGCGCACCGCCUGACAACACCUCAUCCCUCCGGCGACGAAGGAACUACUGCGUCCUCGAGCUCAAACCUGCAAGUGAUGAUCAAAAAGGGCCCACCGACCAGGGCCACCACCGAGUUCACCGGCUGGCCAACUCCGCCGACGACUCCGCUGUCCAUCGACAAGCUGAACGCACAGACCAUCAACUUUGAGGAUUUGUUGGCCGCCAGUGGAACGAGUAGUACGACGAGCACUACCACAACUACGACAACUACAACCACAACGACCACUCCACGCCCCACAAAACCGGGUCACUGUACCGCCGACUGCGACUUGGCUGCCACCAUUAAGAUCAUCGAUGGUGUGGCAUGGAAACCAGAGCUACUCGAUCACAACACCGUGGAGUGGAAGAAUCUGGCCCACGAGCUGGAGGCACAGCUCAACGAAGUUUAUUCCGAAGCUCCUCAGCUGAACAAGUGGUACAAAAAGGUGCGUAUAGAUAGCUUCAGCAAGGGCAGCGUCCUAGUCGACUACUACGUGGAGCUGGCCAACAUAACCGAGGAUGUGGAUACCCUGGAAAUCCGCCAAUUGUUCCACGAUGCUCUGACUAAGCCAUCUACCCCCGUGCUGCCGGAUAAGGAUGCCCAGGAGAAUGAGACGGAUAGCGUCUCGGGACCGCAGGAGGAGCAGCUAGUGACCGCCAGCUAUCAGAUGGGCAAAUACAUAAUUGAUCCCGUGGCCACAGAUUUCAGUGUCAUAGCCAAGAAUGCUCACACCAAUGUGGAGUUCGCAGAGGAGGAUCUGCUCAUUCCCCAGUGGGCCAUUGUCGUCAUAGUGAUUGGAGUAGGUUCCCUGGUGUUUGUCGUCAUCUUUGGUGUCACCGUGUUGCUCAAUCGCCAGAAGAGGGCCAAGAAGACCCCCAUUCCUCUGACCAAUGAUAUGCUAAACGAGCUAAAGGUUAACCACAUGGGUGGUGCUGACAACUAUGGCGUGGAUGAUUUCUACAACAUCGACGAUCCUUGGAACGAUACCAAGCAACCUAUUAAGCCCAAGCGCUUUACCAACUCAAUGCACGGUAGCAACAGUUCCAACAUCUACGACAGUUGGCGAUCCACCAGGCAUGCGCACACCAGCGGAGAUUACUUUUACGACCAGCAGCCAACCUAUUCCCAGAAAGGAGACUCGCUGAAGAGGCCGCAGCUCCACCAUGGUAACCACAGCAGUCACAGAGAGUACCCCGCCCACCACCACCAGGCGUCGCAGCAGCACCAGCAGGCGUACGGUCACCAGUAUCCGGAUGCCUUCGCCGAUGCCCAUCAGAUGUACAGCUACAACAACCACGCGAGUCGGACGCGCUAUUCCCGCGACUAUGAUCCCGAUUUUUGAGCGGGCUCUCUUGACUUGACUGGACGGGAUUGGAGUGGAGUGAAGUGGAGUGGAGCACCCAUCCAUCCGUCCGUGUACUAGCUUUAGUAACUUGCGAACGAUUUUGAGUUGUAACUAAAUAGCGUAAAGAAUCGUAGUUGUAAUGCUGCUAUAAUUUAUCGUACUGCCUGCUGGCUUGGCUCUAAAAGUCGUUCACUUUUCAGUACCCACAGCCGGCCGUAGCUAAACUAAGUUAAGCUAUAUACUUUUGAAUACUUAAUGGAGCUGCUAUAUCUGGAUGCCUUACACUUCCGCUUAACUUACGUAUGAAGGAAAUGUUUCUUAAUAGAACGUUGGGGGCUUGCCCCGGAAAAUAAAUAGUCAUGCACUCUUAGUUAAUCCUAGGUCAUAUGUAAAACUAGAUACACUAAAAUAUAUACUUUGUAUUAUUUAAAGUACU